CAUAUUCCCACGCCAAAGCUGCCAUGGACUACGACUACUUUCAAUGCCUUGAAGGCAUUCUCAAAGUGGUUCCUGACGCCAUUCGGCUUUCUCGUAACAAUCUACGGACUGAAUGUAGUAGCAUGGGGUGGUAUGCUAUUCCUCCUUCUAUGCAAUGCCAGUCCAGCUAUGUGCCAUGUUCAAAGAAAUGGCGCUUGGAUUCACGACUGUAACGACAUUGAUAGCCCACGCCGUAUCUGGAUUGAGAUCGACUCGCAAAUUCUUAACGCGCUUUUUUGCGUGACGGGAUUCGGUUUGGCCCCGUGGCGAUUCCGCGAUCUAUACUAUCUAAUGCGAUAUCGAUUUACCUCUGAGCGGAAGCAUGGCCUGGAUAAGAAGAUGUUCUGGAUUCGUAAACUUGCUGGCCAUCACCGAAAUUGGUUCAGACUACCUGGGUCGGAUACCAUAGACCAAAUCUCGGCCAAUAUCUACUUGAACUCUGUCUCGGAGAAGUGCAAUGCCAACAGUGAAGCAACUUCAGACAUCAGGGUACCCAUACCAUUAGCCAGAGCGCCCGACGAUCCUCUAUCAGGCGUGCGUGCACCACCAACAAAACUGUGGAAAUUAGACUGGUUCGUCUGGUGUCAAGUAUGGAACACAUUCUUUCAGAUAUGUUUGUGUGGUUUCAUGUGGGGAAUGAACAGAUAUGACAGACCAAGUUGGUCGACUGGUCUGUUUGUCGCUCUUGCUUGCGGAAUCGCUGGCGCGGGCGGCUUCAUCUCUUUCAAAGAGGGCCGCUUGGUUAGAAGGGUUGAAGGC